AUGUGGGCAAUGGCUCACGAUGACUAGCUAGUUUGGCGUCAGUAUGGAGAUUUCUCCAUGUUUCAUAUGCUGCUAUUCUGGUCGUGUUUGUCGGUUACUUUUUUUAAUUCAGACCGUAUGAGCCUCUGAUCGAAGAACAUUUAUAUCCAAACAUCUGCCUCCCAAGUGUACAAGAGCUUAUCAUAACCACUCGUACAGACUAUGACUCGAGUGUAAUACCUUGUCUUUGAACAAUCAUCUUUCAACUUCAUUUAGUUUCUUUUGAAUAUUCAUUGGCGAAGAUCGCUCCCUGAUUCCUUCUGGAAGCUGGACUUUCCAAUUCUCUGCAGCACCGAUUACAAUCGAACCGUUGCUGCUACACAGCUCGACUCAAUGACCAUGGAAUACUCAUACUAUCAGCCAACCACUCCGCCAGGGCUACCAUAUGAGGGAAUCGUUCGAAUGACCCACAGUCGCAAUGCAUCCGACUCAUCUAUGUACUCCAAUGAUUCCUCGCCUUGGUCUGCAGUCACCUCAGUCACCAGCCCGAGCACUGAUUCUCCCCCCCGUUAUCAUCAUGGGCCAGCCCUUCUUCCCAAAAUUAGGGAUCAGGAUGUGGUCAUUGAACCAGCCCCAGCUAGUGGACCGCAGCGUCAUCGGAAAGUGCUAUCGAACACUAGGAAUCCGCCUGGUUUCUUACCAUACCCUGCCAAUCGUGCAGCAGCUCAACGUCAUAGUACGGAGUGCGUGGACUACUAUACUGUGGCAUCCCCAGUCUCGCCCAUGUACGCUGAUUCAGCAUUGGCGUCUCCUGUGAGCAUAACGUCUUCGCACAAGCGCAAAGUGCCCAGUGCACAUUCUCGAUCAUGCUCUGCAUCCAGUGUUGAUGAGGCAACCUUGGCCCGAUAUGGCUAUUCCACUUACAGGCAGCUCUCUAAGUACUCUGGACAAUCACAAGGGUCCCCUACCGCACCCGCCACCCCAGUCACGCCUAAUAUCAUUGUAUAUCCACCGUACUCGCAGCCUUCUAUUGUUGGCCCUUUCUCGCGCACAUCUCGAGCCCGAACCCAGGCCCCGCCGGUGCUUCCAGUUUCCCCUUACAGCUAUUCCCAAGUGUCGAGUGCUCAGUGCUCACCAGUUGGCUUUUCCCACAGUGUUGAUAGAAUAAGCCCAUCAUCUACAACUCUUUUUUCAUACCUGACUGGGCCAACACAAGCAAUCAAUCUGGUUCGGAAUGUAAGCGUCAUUCCAACACGAGGGAUGCAUGACUACUUCUGGUGGGAUAUCCGUAACUUGCGCAGCUGGUCCUCUUUUUCUCUGUCCACAUUCCACUCGAUCAACGGUCUCACGAAGCUUCUGAAGACGGCAAUUCCGUCACAUCUAACCCCACCAACCGUGGUCUCAGGUUCACGCUUGUGUCCUGAUUCUGAAUUCACCUUGGUGGACCUCGUCCAAGAUAUAUAUGCACCACGAGUGAAUGCCGCUUUGGCCGUGUCUCAAGGCCCAGAUCACCUGGCGCUCUAUGCUACGCCUGUCCCACGGAUCCAUGCCAACAGGAACUAUGGCGGUCCGCAUUUCCUUGCAAAUUACACCUCAGACACGGAGCGGACGAGCUCGGGUCUGCCCCGUGGACGGCUGGUAGGAAUCGUCAAAACUUUCGACCGAUGGAACACCAGUAUGCGCACCGAAGCACCUCAUCGGCGGGUUGAGUAUUUAAACGGUCUAGCGCACCUUCAGCGGUGUAUGCGCGAACAUUCCUGCCGAUACGGCUUCAUCAUUACAGAGAUCGAGCUUGUCUGCGUGCGGGCGGGGUGCGACGAGGGUGACGACGUGCCUUACUUUGGCUUCCUCGAGGUUUCAGCUCCUAUACCCACUAAGCUUGCGGCGAGUCCAGACGAAGGCCACUUGAAACCUUGCCCAGUCCCUUACGGCCACCCUCAAUCGCCCACGCCGUCCAGCGACAGUUCAUUGGCCAGCCAAUCUCCUAUCUUAGACGCAUAUUCUUCACCAGCCCCAGAGGAGCUUGAUGUACCGAUGACGGCAAGCCUCGCUUUAUACUUCCUCCUAAUGCUUUCUAAAUCCGUGCCUUUGCCGUCCCAGCCGUCAUCUCACCUGAAUGUUGGCGGACCCGGAGCCUUAACUCGGCAGCGUAUACUCCCAGAAGGGAAAGACAAAUGGAUUCCAGAGCCACAAAUUGGAGAAAAGCGAGAUGCCAAACGAGUAAGAGGCUGGAUCUGGCCACAUGAUGCCUGGCAUCGGCGUGAAGGAGGUGGAGUACCACGUUCGCGAGCGACUGGUGUGGAAGGCAAACCCAAAAAAUGGCAUAAAUAACGGGAUAAAAGUAAAGAAAACCGAAAGAAAAAAAAAGAGAGAGAGAAAAUAAAGAGGAAGCUGGAACAUUCCUCAUAAUUCUAAUGUUACUCUCUGAUGUUGAGUAUUUUGUUGUCAUA